CACAGUUCGGCAUUCCCAUUGGAUCCGCGCGCUCGCGCAUGCGCACUGAGAGCUUCGCGAAGCUGCUUCGCCUUUCCCGCCCAAAAUACGGAACCGAGACGAGGGGUGGCGGAGGACGCGAGAAGAUGAGGGGGGAGGCGAAGAGACGAGAAGGGAGAGCGGAGGCGAGACGAGGGGAAGACGAGGAGAGACGAGGGGAAGACGAGGAGAGAAGAGGGACACGCGCGGAGGCUCGGGGCUCCGACGGCAAGCAAGUCGGCGCCGUCGCCCGCUCGCCAGGGAGGCAGCGCCGGGUCACCACUGCCCGCUCUCCCGGCCGCUCCAAGGCUCGCCGCUCAGCUGUCUCUCCUGGCUCUCCUACCCGCUCUUCCAGCCGCCACAAGUCUUUACGCUCGUCUGGUUCUCCUCCCUCCUCUCAUGCCAUCCCUCCGGGCCGCUCCAAGGCUUUUCAGUCUUCCGUCUCUCCUGACUCUUCUGCUCACUCUUCUGGAAGCCCCAAGUCCUCGCUCGCUCCUGGUUCCCCUGGUCGCUCGGCGCGCCUUCGUGGACGCCCCAGGAUCUCGCGCUCUCCCACAAAGCCAGCCGCCAGCCCUCCGGAACCCCCUGGGCCCGCAAGCAGCGUCAGCCUGGAGAGCAGCCCGGACCGCACUGAGCCCCAGCCCAGUUCGCAAGAUGCACCUGCACCACAGGCGGAGCGUCAUGAGCAGAUGCGUACCCCUGAUAUUGUGAAGAACUACAGCUUCCAACGACGCUGGGCGGCUGGUGCUCGGAGGGGACCCAAAGGCACACAAUGGGACUCCCUGUGUCUCCCACUCCUCUCCCCACACAAGCGUGCCGUCCCAUGUCGCCCCAAGAGAACACCGCUCAGCUCCCGUGGCCUGGCAGGUGCGGUGAUAUUGCUGCUGGUGUGGCCAGCCGGUCUGCUGUGCCUGGCCCAGGUUGCCGGCUCCCCCAGCUGCAGCCUGCUGGGGUCCCUGUCCCAGUCACCCGGUGCUCCUGCCUGGACCCCAGCGCGGCUGUGGGACCCGCGUUGCCUUGUGGCACUGCUGGCGUGGAUGGCUUUGCAGGUGCUGCUGUUUGUGCUGCCCCUUGGCGGUGAGGUGGUGAAGGGAGCGCUGCAGCACAGCGGGGAGGUGCUUGCCUACAGAACCAACGGGAUGCUGGCGCUGUUGCUGACACUGGCUGCUAUGGGGGCGGGCUGGUGGGCAUUUGAUCUGGACCCCACCUCGGCUCCCACCCUCCUCACUCCCCUGGCCACCGCCGCUGCCGGCGCCGCACUGCUGUUGGGCGUUGCGCUAUACAUAGCUUCGCUUGGCAAAGACACCGCAGACCUGGCGCCGCUCGGGAACACAGGAAACAUGGCAUAUGACUUUGUUCUCGGCCGGGAGCUGAACCCACGCAUGGGCGCCCUAAACGUCAAGCACUUCUGCGAGCUGCGUCUGGGCCUGCUGGGCUGGGUGGUGCUAGUGCUGGGCUUGGUUGCAGCGCAGGCACGGGAUGCUGGCACCCCGUGCUCUGCACUCGCUCUCGUCGCAACAUUUCAGAUCGUGUACAUCGCUGCUGCCCUGUGGAACGAGGGGAAGCUGGUGGCUGCAUUGGAUACAUCGCCUCUAGGGGCCGGGUUCCUGCUGCUGUUUAUUGAUCUGGCUUGGACUCCCCUCGUGUGCUCCCUUCCGGCUGCCUACCUGGUCCAGCAGCCCCUUCAGCUGCCGCUAUACCACUCUGCCUCACUCGCGCUACUCUAUGGACUGGGUCUGUACAUUUACUGCAGAGCGAGCGCCGAGAGACGCGCCUUCCAGCACAAACCCAGCUUGACUCGCUCUUUUCGUAAGGAGAGCAUUCCCACGGCGACUGGCAAGCGUCUGCUGGUGUCCGGCUGGUGGGGCGUCUUGCGCCACCCUGACACACUGGGACAGCUGCUCAUGACGGUGGCGUGGACCCUGCCCUGUGGCGUGCACGCCGCCCUGCCUUGGGUGCAGGCCGUGUACGUGUGCGGCGCGCUGCUCGUGCGGGGCGUGCACACCGAGCAGGCGUGCGUGCGGCGCUAUGGCGCCGCGUGGGCCGAGUACUGCCACCGCGUGCCAUACCGCCUGCUGCCCGGCCUCUACUAGCCCCCGCCGCUCACCUGCCCCAGGUGACCGUCCGCUCAACGCCAACUUCUGCGCAGCCUCCGUCCUUUAACCGUGACCAGGCACUGUUUGCCCGGGUGCAGGGAGAUUGUAUUUGUGAAGGUCACGCCUCAAAAGUUGUGGCUGCGACUCCUCCGGGUCUGCCUGGCGCACGUGGCAUUUAGCUUGUUUUACAUAUUUUCACAUGUGAAUCCUGGGCAUUGGGAUGAAGUCCAACGCACAGCGGUGCUGUCAUUUGUUUACGGCUAGGGUGAGGAAACUCCACAUUUGGCCCCGACUUAAUUUGAUACAGGCUAUGACUGUUUGGGGACUAAUUGGGUACUAAAGGGCAAUGCGUUUCUAAUUUGAAAGUGCUGUCACUGGGGUCAAAAAAACAAAGUAUUGUAGCUUGGUAAAAACAUUGUGACAUUUCACUGGAAUUUAAAAGGAGAUUUUACUUUUUCACGAGGCAUAGAUAAGCUUUUAACAUAUUAAAUAAUGACAAGUAGGGAUUUGUAAAAAAAAAUUGGCCAAAAUGUUUCAAUAGGACCAAUCUAGUAAUGGUUUUUUAAAAUGUACGCAAGAAUUCACUUGGUUUUUCAAUAAGAAACAAAAUGUAUAGACACUGUAUUUAUAAAAUGUCCUGCCAAGAUUGGGGGAAAACCCCAACAUGCUAACUUAUGUUAGUAUUUAUACGAGGGUGUUGAUCCUAAAUAUGCUAUGAAAUACAACAAAUAUUACAGAGUUAAAUAAUUAAAUUUACUAGUCUGUGAAAAAUCGGUCCAACUUUUUCUGCUCGUUGUUGUAAACUGAUUUUAUGCAAACAUUUCAUAAGAAAAUGCGAAAUAUUUAAAUAUGUAUUGAAGUUAAAUUUUUUAAUCCUGAAAAAAAGUGCUUUUACCGUA